UCGACGGCGGCGGUAGCCGUGGCAGCAGCGGCCGCGCCGGCUCCGGGCUCGCCGGGUGGGCUCAGUUCCGCUCCCGCAGGAGCCGAGCGCGGGGACCCGGACCAGGACCUGCUGCAGCGGCGGCCGCCAGCCGCUCCGGAGCGCGCGGCUCUCCCAGGCCGGCCGGCCCACUCCAUGCCGCUGGGCGGCGGCGGGGUCCCGGGGCCAGGCGGCGGCGGCCCGGCGCGCGGGAGGCCGGGGCUCGGCCCCCUGCGGCACUAGGCUCGGCGCGGCGCGCCCGCCGCAGCCUGCAUGCCCCGCGCUGCGCCUCGCCUGCCCGCCCCGCCGCGGCCGGGCGCCGGAGUAAUAUGCUCACGCGGGUGAAAUCUGCCGUGGCCAAUUUCAUGGGCGGCAUCAUGGCUGGCGGCUCCGGCUCCGAGCACGGCGGCGGAGGCUCGGACCUGCCCCUGCGCUUCCCCUACGGGCGGCCCGAGUUCCUGGGGCUGUCUCAGGACGAGGUGGAGUGCAGCGCCGACCACAUCGCCCGCCCCAUCCUCAUCCUCAAGGAGACCCGGCGGCUGCCCUGGGCCACUGGCUACGCAGAGGUAAUCAAUGCUGGGAAGAGCACACACAAUGAAGACCAAGCCAGCUGCGAGGUGCUCACUGUGAAGAAGAAAGCGGGGGCCAUCAUCUCAACCCCAAACAGGAACUCAGCCAAGAGACGGUCCUCCCUUCCCAAUGGGGAGGGGCUGCAGCUGAAGGAGAAUGCGGACUCGGACGGCGUUUCCUGCCACUACUGGUCGCUGUUCGACGGGCACGCGGGCUCGGGGGCGGCGGUGGUGGCGUCCCGCCUGCUGCAGCAUCACGUCACGGAGCAGCUGCAGGACAUCGUGGAGGUCCUGAAGAACACGGCCGUGCUGCCGCCCACCUGCCUGGGCGAGGAGCCCGAGGCCACGCCGGCCGCCCGCACGCUGACCCGGGCCGCGUCUCUGCGCGGAGGCGUGGGCGCCCCCGGCUCGCCCGGCACCCCGCCCGCGCGCUUCUUCACCGAGAAGAAGAUCCCCCACGAGAGCCUGGUCGUCGGGGCCUUGGAGAGCGCCUUCAGGGACAUGGACCUACAGAUAGAACGAGAGAGGAGUUCCUAUAACAUAUCUGGCGGCUGCACUGCCCUCGUUGUGGUUUGCCUUUUGGGGAAGCUGUAUGUGGCAAAUGCUGGGGAUAGCAGGGCCAUAAUCAUCAGAAAUGGAGAAAUCAUCCCCAUGUCUUCGGAAUUCACCCCCGAGACUGAGCGCCAGCGACUUCAGUACCUGGCAUUCAUGCAGCCUCACUUGCUGGGAAAUGAGUUCACACAUUUGGAGUUUCCAAGGAGAGUUCAGAGAAAGGAACUUGGAAAGAAGAUGCUCUACAGGGACUUUAAUAUGACGGGCUGGGCAUACAAAACCAUUGAGGAUGAUGACUUGAAGUUUCCCCUUAUAUAUGGAGAAGGCAAGAAGGCCCGAGUAAUGGCAACUAUUGGAGUGACCAGGGGACUUGGGGACCAUGACCUGAAGGUGCAUGACUCCAACAUCUACAUAAAACCAUUCCUGUCUUCAGCUCCAGAGGUAAGAAUCUACGAUCUCUCCAAAUAUGAGCAUGGAGCAGACGAUGUGCUGAUCCUGGCCACGGACGGACUCUGGGAUGUCUUAUCAAAUGAAGAAGUGGCAGAAGCAAUCACUCAGUUUCUUCCUAACUGUGAUCCAGAUGACCCUCACAGGUACACACUGGCAGCUCAGGACCUGGUGAUGCGUGCCCGCGGCGUCCUGAAGGACAGAGGAUGGCGGAUAUCCAAUGACCGACUGGGCUCAGGAGACGACAUCUCUGUAUAUGUCAUUCCUUUAGUACAUGGAAACAAACUGUCAUGAAAACGGCCCGGGGGUUGGGAGGACAGCAGGGAAGAAAGCUGGGACGCUUCUUGGCACAGCGGGGCCUGGAAGGGCCCCGGCGGAGAUCCAGAGGAUGCCAGCUCUUCUCGGCCCAGGUGGGGAGUCUGCACCAAAAGGCCUCUGGCUGUGUGUCAUGAUGACCCUUAGGCUUCAGUUUCCUCUUUAGUGACAGGUCUGGAUACUCAACAAGAGCAAAACGUAAAGGCUGCUACUGAGUGCUGUGUUUCUUUUGGUUCCCUUCAUAGGCCUCCUCGGUGGCCACUGCCUGUUUUGGGCACAUACAUCAUAUUUAUUUUAUCUAGAGUAGCUGGGGCAGCCAUUUUCAGGUAUAACUGGCAGAAGACUCUUCGGCCGGUCAAGCUGCCAACUUCUCUACGGGUUAAAAGUGCUGCAUUGGAAAGUUGGGGAUCACGCCUCAGAAAGUGUAAGCACCCACCUUCUAGUAAGCCUGAGAUUUAUUUCAGGGAACGCUAUGUGUGUGUAUGUGUGUGUGUGUGUGUAUGUGUGUGUGUGUGUGUCUUCUUUUAUGGUGAUGGUGGGGUGAGGUGGGAUUUUUUUUUUUUACUCCUUGAAUCUUAAUUGUUUCCCUUCCAUAGAGCAGGCUGCGACUUCCCAACCCCUUGCUGAGGAAUGUGUGUGUCAAAGUCCAGCUGGGGCUGUGGCCAUAUGUGGUAGCCCACACCACCCUGGCAGCCUUCUGGAGAAGUGCUCUGGCUGAGAGAGGGCUGUCUUUGUUGUGUAACAAGCUGUUCCCUGAGUUGCAUUUUCUCACCAAAUCAUGUGUUUUCGUGAAAAUAUGGGUGUUUCUUUGGACCAACAGUCCCUCUUUGGUCUUCAAGGGUCCCCCUUGUAUGGCUUGAGGUUUCUGAGAGUCUGGGUUUUUGUUUCUGGAAUGGUUGGCCGUCCCCCACCUGCUGUGCUAUGGGGACACAGAUGAAGCAAUGUUUAAGAGAGCAGCUGAGGAAGUUCCUUGUAUCGCUCAGUUCACCUGACCUCCUUUGAGAACCAUUCCGCCAUUUUGGCUCUGGGUUUGAUGGGCCGUGACUGUCCCCAAGCCCACUCCAAACAACAAGUAAGCAUCAGAGUUCUAUCAAGAGCAGCAGUUCUACUCUCCUCAUCCUCUUUGGGCAAGUCCCACUCAGAAUGGCUAUUUGACCAAAGUGAAUUUGAAGUGGGCUGACUGGUCAUUCUCAUGCCAUGUGCUCUUUUCUCCAUGGAAUCACAUCCCAGCCACUCCAGAACUGAGACCCCUCUUCCCACUGUCGCUCCACCUCUGAGUGAUCCUCACUUGAGCAGCAGCAGACACUAGAUCUACCUGCUGCUUCUCUGCCAGGAGGAAUCACAAAAUGCAUUGUUAGAAAUCACUUUUCUCUCACAGGCAGACUGAUGCUGUGCACCCGGGGGGAAAUGUAAAGCAAAGACCAGUCUUCUUCCUGCAGACGUCCUGUGGUGUCAUCCGCCAUCUUGACAACUUUGUGUAAUUAAAACAUCCUUCCCACCAAAUAAAGAAACAGGUCAUUGGUGUGAUCCCCAGAAAUGCUGGAGAGCCAACUCCAGUUCUCAUGUUUGUUUGAAUCCCUUCCCCAGAGGAGAGGAGAGAAACCUUUCCUCCAGGAGAGUUUAUUGCCUGCAUUCCUGGAGUUGUAGCUAUUCCCUCAGGAGAGGCCCGAAGCCUUCCUACUCAGGAAAGACCAUCCACAGUGUAGAAACAAUGCCCUGUCUGGCCAGUGAAGUACUGGGGGAGUGCACCCACCAGGUAUUUGCCAAAAUGUUGUCUGGGAAGAACUGGACCACCACCAGGAGUCGUCUUCCCCUGACAGCUCCCCUCCUCCUCCAGUCAGUCCGAGCGACCCCGAACAUCUCUGUGGGGAGAAGUUUGUGGUAAGCCAUUUGCUUCUCUGGCACAAUAUGAUGCUACGGGAAAACAUGCAGGCAUCCUCCAGCAGUGUGGUCCACUUUUUGUUCCUGCCCUGACUCUCAGUCACGUACCAAUUGGAAACUUGAGAAAGUUGUCCGUGGAGGACUUUCCCGCCACAAUCUUUGGGAAGUUUUCCUCACAAGCAGUCACCUGUGUUCCCAUUGCCUUUCAUUUCUUUCCUUUCCUGGGCUUCUGUCUGGGUCCUACCUUGAGCUUCUCUGUCGAGCCACCAGAGUCAGAGUUUGGGUGUAGAUAUCAUGUGGAUGUCAUGACAACCUUCUACUCAAUUCACCAGUUCAUUUACCGCCAAGGCAUGUCUCAGGAAAAACUCUAGAACCCCCUUAUUGAAUUUACCCUAAAGUCUUGAGCAUUUGGUCCUCCUGGUUUUAGUUAGGUAUCUAGGAAUUCUUUUCCUAAGCCCCUCCUUGGGUGAGAUCUUAGGAGCAAGCUGAAGCCAUGUUUUUAUUUGGGGGAUGGUAGGAAAACAACAAAUGAAAUGAAUAAAUCAGAUGUGGAAACAAUGAUUUGUUAAUGCCCAUAGCAAACCUACUGAGCACUGAUAUUGCUCUGUGAAUUGAGCUUACUCGGUUUGGGCCUUAUUGUUCACCCAGGCCCCAUGGCAUUCCCUCCCAGGGCAGUAGCUGUGUCUAUAUAACGAGUCAGCCUUUGGAGCAUUCCUGGAAAGGUCAAAAGGCAACAGGCUCAAAAUUCUGCAGAACAUAUUUAUAUGUGGGUCCGAAAUCUUGUCUAUCUGACUUAUAGCCAAAUCCGCUUGCCCUCAUAGCCUCAGAGGAAGUCUUGUUUAAUAAAAAGCUUUUGAUUUCCUAGUCAAUCUUCAUGCUUGUCUUGGGGGGGGGGGGGGGGUGUGGCCACUGCCUCUAGUGAAAGGCUCUUUCACUUCUAAAUCUCUUUGUUGGGCUGCCCCUGCUCUUCACAAUAUUUGGGGACACUCUUUUAGUUAAAGAGAGCAACUCGCGCUCCAUCCACGCUCUGCAGCAUUGUUCAGGCAACAACCAAACUUUUGUUCUGGCAACACCUGAAAUCGGGACAGUGCCAGCAGCUGGAGGGGCGGAGGGUGUGGUCUGUGGCGGCGUGCUUACCUAAGUGCUGUUCUUGGGGUGGGAAGGGAGAGGUGAAAAUUGGGCGAGGCCGAGUACUCAGCUGUCUAAGGCCACAGAAGUGGGCAUUUCAGUUAUUCCCCACAGUAUACAGCUUUGGGGAAUCUGAGGUGUUUAGUUUUUUAAUUCCUCGUAGCUUACCUCCAUGGGGCUGCUUGCGGCCAGCUGUGCUCACCCUCUGCGGCCUCCUCCAAGUGUUCGCUUCCCGGGAAGCAUUGUGACGGCUGGAGGCAGACACGCGUGGGCGGGGCCGAGAGUCCCGGUUCCCAGGUCUGGCCUCAGGUCUUGGCUGUUCCGGGAGGUGUUCAGUUUACCAAGAGCACAGGCGUGCAAACGCUUGGGAAAAACCUCCCACAUCUUUAAACUUCUGAUUCUCCUCUUGAUUUGCACCUCCUUCCUCAUCCGCCAAUCAACUUGAUUUACAAGCACACAGCGCUCAGUGGUUUGCCUUCCGCCACAUUUUGAGGAUCUGACCUUUCUUUAAGUGGCCCAGCAGCUCCACUGUUUGCAGAGUGACUGGGUUAGGCUUUCAGGAGUCUAUUUUCAGUAAGUUAGUGCUUCUGGGACACUUAAGAAAGCAGUGAGAGUCAUUUUCUAUGCAGAGAACCACCAGGCUGACCCUAAAAGUUACCAGAGCUAAGAAAAUCCUAAAACAGUAUCUGGCCACAGGGCGGAAUUUUACACUAGGAACUUGGGUUUUUGAGGACUUAGAAUUGCAGAGAAAGGUUGCAGCUUGCACGCCACGGCCCCCCUUGCUGAGCAGACGCGGGUUUAUGUGUAGGCGAUGUGGCUGACGUGUGCACACUGGGACUUUUCGAAGGACACUACUCGAGCAGCCCGACUUGCCUCUCCUGCGGCACCACGGCGGCUCUGCGGCAGGUUGGAGGGCCGGGCCGGGAGCACGGCUCUUUCUAAUCCGCGAUGGUGUCUGUGUAAAUAGCUUUCAUUUUUCCUGUGCGUCUUAGAUGAAGUUUUGUUCCUGUAGCGACCAGGUAGACAGUGACCAAAUGAGGCUGUAAACGUGCUGUUGUUUCCUGCUGUGAUGUCCUUGAAGGGGAGCCUCGUGUCCUCCACUCUUCCAAUCUUCCGUAGGAUUUUGUGUUUGCUCGGGGAGUCCCGAGGUUACGCUGUCUCUCCUGUUUUGCCUCCAUUUUCUUUGUUUCUUCUGGAGACCCAGGGAGGCCCACAGUGAAGAUAAUUUGUAAGGAAUGUAUCGUAAGGCGUGGGUUUCCAAAGAUUGCCUCCCUCGGUGAAUGAGCGGAAUCUGCCUGAAGAUGGUUUCAGAACCGUGUACCUUUAUGUUUGUGAUUGUGAAACCUUGACUUUUGUAACCCAAAAAUGAAAACUGUUUAGUAAAGGGGAUCUAUUUUGUGUGUUUUGAAACUUAGGUGCAAUGUUCCCUGGAAAAAGCUAAAGAAAUGUAUAUGCUCGAUGACAUUUUAAAAUAAAAUAUAUAUAUGUAUAUAGGACA